GACGCCAUGGAGGCCACAGCGCUCUGCAUCACACUGUGGGUGACGGUGUUUCUGCAGCUCUGUGAACAGAAAGUUGAUACAGAUGUUUGGAUCGAACCAUCCAGACUUCAGGUCUUUGAAUACGAGCCUGUCUCUUUAAGAUGUGUGGGCUUCGAUGGUUUGACCGAUGUGAACAUUUUACGGUGGAACAAAGCAGGAAAGGAAACUUGUGACGGCUCAAUAUGGGGUUCAUUGAAUGAGACUACUUGCAACAUUAAAUCUCCUUAUAAAGAGGACAGUGGAGAUUACUGGUGUGAGGCUGGAGGGAAGAAAAGUGACUAUGUGAACGUCAUUAUCACCGCUGGCUCUGUGAUCCUGGAGAGUCCUGUGCUUCCUGUGAUGGAGGGAGAAUCUGUGACUCUGAGCUGCAGGAACAAGACGACUACUUCCUCCUUCCUGUCAGCUGACUUCUAUAAAGAUGGCCGUCUCAUCAGGAGCAGCUCUACAGGAAUCAUCACCAUCCACAGGGUUUCUAAAUCUGAUGAAGGACUCUACAAGUGCAGCAUCUCUGAAGGUGGAGAAUCACCAGAGAGCCGGCUGGCUGUCAGAGCUAAAGACUCUUCCUCCACUCUCUCCCCGUGGAUCUUUGUCUCUGUUUCAUCGAUGCUUCUGCUGCUGGCCGUGGGAAUACAUCGAUUUUGCAAAAGUUAUCGGCACAGAGUGUUUCUCUGCCUGUCCACAAAAACACCUGGACCGGCUGACCAUCACACAGUAGAGGCCAGAGCAGUGGAUUCAGGCCAAAUGACGAGUGCUGUGGUAUCAAAAAACAGGAAGAAGAAAGGUGUGGAUCAAUCAUUUCCAACAGCCGUUUACUACACCUUGGGCCCGGGAGAAACUCAACAACAGGAGCCAUCCGUAGCAGAGGACGCCUUUUAUUCUACAAUCUCGCCGCUGAAGAUGGAGCUUUGAGAAACUGUUUCACACGUUGUACCUAAAUGAAAAGCUGAAUUUAAGAAUGCACUGAUAUUUGUUUAUAAAUUUUAAUAAAUAAAUAGUUCAUUUUAUUUUUGAAGAACACAUGUAGUGGUUAGUUGUCAAAGAGAAAUGCUCAUUUACGUUUUAAGAUAUGAAAGUUUGUUGUGGUUUCACAGUUAAACCGACUUGUUCCAUCUCAGACACACGGCUGAUUCUAAAUACUCUCGCUGUGGUUUACUGCAGAGUUCCUGCAUCGCGCUGAGUCUGUGGUUAAACGUGUGUUAUAUUUACUGUCCUGUGAAAGUGUGAAGGUGAAUGUGAGGACACAUGAACUAUACAACACGUCACUGUGUGUUUCUGUGUCACUGUUUUCAGAUUAAUUGUAAUUGCAAAUAUUGCUUUAAUGCGUCACAUAAUUGAACGAGGUUUUACCGCUCUGCCAUAGAGAGCAUAUUCACUAUUAAACCGUUUCUCUCCCAAAGCCAUACACACUCUGAGCUUAACACACACACACACACACACACACACACACACACACACACACACACACAUACACACACACACACACACACACACACACACACACACACACACAGAGACUCUGCAACCCACAUCAUGAACUCAAAACCUAAUCUACAUUUAUACAGCCACAUAUUAUUUUAUCUUAUCAUAUUAUUGAACUGCCUCAAUCGUUCACUAAAGCUCUUAAACGGUAUUUUCCUCUUCUUCUUGUUUUUGUCUUUUGUUGCUUGUCUUUUUCUCAAAUAUUUUGUGAAUUUGUUGUUUGUGUUUUA